AUGGCUGAGGCCGCCGCCCCCGCGAGCAAUGUGCCGACCUUCAAGCUGGUGCUGGUCGGCGAUGGUGGUACCGGCAAGGUUCAGCCUCGCAGCUCGCAGCUCGCAGCCGUGCCGCCGACCACCUUCGUCAAGCGCCAUCUGACUGGCGAGUUCGAGAAGAAGUACAUUGCCACCCUUGGUGUCGAUGUUCACCCUCUGGGUUUCACCACAAACUUCGGUCCCAUCCAGUUCGAUGUCUGGGAUACCGCCGGUCAGGAGAAGUUCGGUGGUCUCCGUGACGGUUACUACAUCAACGGCCAGUGCGGUAUCAUCAUGUUCGACGUGACGUCGCGCAUUACCUACAAGAACGUUCCCAACUGGCACCGCGAUCUCGUCCGUGUCUGUGAGAACAUCCCCAUCGUCCUCUGCGGCAACAAGGUCGACGUCAAGGAGCGCAAGGUCAAGGCCAAGACCAUCACGUUCCACCGCAAGAAGAACCUGCAGUACUACGACAUCUCGGCCAAGUCGAACUACAACUUCGAGAAGCCCUUCCUGUGGCUCGGCCGCAAGCUGGUCGGCAACUCGGGUCUGGAAUUCGUCGCUGCCCCCGCUCUGGCCCCUCCCACCGCCCAGGUCGACGAGAGUCUGCUCGAGCAGUACCGGAAGGAGAUGGAUGCUGCUGCCAGCAUGCCGCUGCCCAACGACGAGGACGACGACGACUUUUAA